CAAAGAGGAAGUGCCCGGGCACCGCGUGGCUAGUCUGUCAGAUGUAAACAAAGCCGUAGUCCUUUCGGAUUAAGCCUAAAAUAAAACUUAAAACGACCGAAUUGUUGUAAGGUGGCUCCACAAGACGGGACAAUGAAGUUUUUGGACCUUUUUGGGCGCAUAAAAUCCGUGGUUAUUGGGAUGAUUCAUGUUAAAGCCUUACCAGGCACACCCCUGGGUUGUAUGAAAAUGUCCCAAAUCACUGAAGAAGCAUGCAGGGAGGCAGCCAUCUACCGUGAUGCAGGGAUUGAUGGUGUGAUCAUUGAGAACAUGCAUGAUAUCCCUUACUCGUUCUCUGUGGGCCCCGAGGUGUCCGCCUGCAUGACUGCAGUAUGCGCUGCAGUGAGAAGCAUCUGUCCAGGCCUGCCGCUUGGAGUGCAAAUCCUGUCUGCUGCUAACCAGCAGGCUCUGGCUGUAGCUCUGGCUUCAGGUCUUGAUUUCAUCAGGGCUGAGGGUUUCGUCUUCUCUCAUGUGGCUGAUGAGGGUCUCCUGAACGCCUGCGCCGGAGACUUGCUGAGAUAUCGCAAGCAGAUCGGAGCCGAGCAUGUGCACAUCUUCACCGACAUCAAAAAGAAGCACAGCUCCCAUGCCCUGACAUCAGACGUGAGCAUCGAAGAGACGGCCCGUGCCGCAGAGUUCUUCCUCUCGGAUGGACUCAUCAUCACGGGAGCAGCCACCGGAGUGCAGGCGGACCCGCGGGAGCUCAGAGAGGUUUCCCAGUCUGUGAGAAUCCCAGUGCUGAUAGGUUCUGGAGUGACCUAUGACAACAUCGAACGCUACCUUGAUGCAAACGGGAUGAUCGUCGGUUCUCAUUUCAAGCAGGGUGGCCACUGGGCCAAUGCGGUUGACCCGGAGCAAGUGAAGAGGCUCAUGGGAAAGAUACGUGAGCUUCGAAAAUGAGAGAGAGAGGUUUCCCUGUCGUCAUCACCAGUGCCUUGGACAUGUUUAAUGACUCUACUGCCUCAUUAAAACACAUACAGCCACCACCUUAAGAAAACAAGACUUUAUUUAUUUUUUUGUACAUUUUAUAAAUACACGCAAAUAGAAAAACAUAAUAUUGAACUGUAUUUACACUCGUCCAAAAUGAACAAUCUGUGUCUUACAUGAAAAAGUGAGAACCUGUUGAAAAGUACAAAAUGGGUGACCCCAUACAAAACAUUAACAGUGUAUGUGUAAUUAUUUUUUGACAUGAAUGCUGUACAGGUCACUGUGAUAUGAAAAUGAGCUUUUAUUACACUCGUCACAAAAACGUCUAAAGCUAAGGCACGGGAUAUAAAACAUACUGAAUAAAAUCACGCAUAAUCAGUCAAAAAAACAUGCCAUAACACCGUGAUCCAACUGCAUCAUAGUUCACUCAUUUCAAGCAAUUUUUUUGGAUCAGUGUCGCACAGUAAAAACACUUUUAGAAUAACUUUCACACACCUCCAACUUCCUAUAACCCCUAUUCCUACUAAUAUCUAAUCACUCAAACCACUCAACUGUUCAUAAUGUACAAAAGGCUUUUAUUUGAAAGUAACGGUGCAUUACUAAUGCUUUCCAACCUGAGGGACCGACCGUGUCAAUCAUGAGGAGGGAGAUCAGGAGAUCGAGAUUCAGUGUUCUCGGGGGUUUCAGAUGCAAGGGGUGCAGUACAGGUUGCCUGUAUUCAAAUCAAAAUAAACACUUGUGUGUGUGCGGUUCAUUUGUCCGAUGUUUGAUCAUUUUACUGCACCGGAAUAGGCGAAUCUCACAUGCUUUGCCUUGGGAUAUACAGCGUUAACUGUGCGAGGUGAAACAAUUGCAAAAAAAAA